AUGGUGGAGCGCGUGUUCUCCCUCGCGGACUACGCGUCGGCCCAGUUCAAGGCCCUGCUGGACGGCGGCGACUACACCGACAUCACGCUGCUGGUGUCCGUGGCCGGCGAGGAUGGCAAGUUCGUGAUCGACCCCGUGAAGAGCCACAAGCUGGUGCUGGGGGCAUGGAGCCCCGUCCUGAGGUCCAUGAUGGAGAAGGCGGCUAGGGAUGGGCACCCCAAUUGGGUACGGCUGACGGGGUACGAGCCCGCCGCAUUGAAGGGCAUGAUUGAAACGUUCUACACUGGGAAGUUCACCCUGACGGUGGACAGGGUGUGGGCGACGCGGAAGGUUGCAGUGCAGUUGGACGUCCAGCCAGUGGUCAAGCAGUGUGAUACUUAUCUGCAAUCAAACAUCACCAUGGACACAUGCAUUGAAUGGGUGAUGCUUGCCAGAGAGAAUGGUGCAGACGAUUUUGCAAACCAAUGUCUGGCGAUGAUGGGACGAUGUUUCAACGCCCUCAGGGAGCAAGAUGCCUUCCUGGCCAUGGAUUCCCAACUGCUUCUCCAGCUUUUGGACUCACAUCAGUUGCAGGCAGUCUCUGAGUACUCUGUCUUGACGGCAGCCCUCAGGUGGGUGAAUCAUGACCCAGGCAAUAGACAGGAGUUGAUUCCUGAAAUCUCAAAGCGAAUCAGGUUCCACUUGAUGUCUGCAGAGGACAAACGGAAGCUGCUGAAUGGGACCCACAGCGCAAAGGACUUGCCGAGGGAGGCUCGUGAGAAGUUCAAUGAGGUGGUGAAGAGCAACCUCAAGACAAGCAGUCUCAGAGAGAUUAAUGUGCCAAGGAAUGGGGUGUUGCGAAGGGGCAUUGUAGUGGACAUGCCCAUCGAUGAGAUCCGUGAGGUUGGGUGGAAGUUGGUGUAUGGGCAGCCCUACAUGAGCCACACAAGCGUCAAGGACUUGGAGAACAUAGAAGGGGAUUACCUGAUGGUGGCUGCGAGCCGCAAGGGUGAGCGCAAGAUAAAGCUGUGUGCUAUGGGCCGGAGGGACAAGAUCCUCACGCAGACACGAGGGAAUGAAGUCACAUUUGAAAAUGGCACGUUUUGGUACUACUGCCCUGACAGAGCAUUUGGCUUUGCGCCCAAUGCGCACAUCGACCUGAACAUUGCGGACACUGUGGAUGAGGAUGGGGACAAAAGGCUGAGCUGGCACUUGCAUGAGAGGAGAGACUCAUCUGGCGAUGCCGGAGGUUUCAGGGCAGGCAUGCUGAAGAAUAUCAAUGAGGAGACGCAAUGGGUUAAGCUGGUGUUCUCAUUAAAAGCGGAGUGA